GCAGCGUAGAAGUUUCUCAUGUCUUGUUUCAAUGCUUUUCGUGGCAAGGCUGAGCAAAUAUGUUAUAAGACUGUCACACCAGAAGAAGUCUAGUCAUUAUGACUUGCCACGCAGUUUUCACGGUGGCACUGAUGCUCUAUAUAAGAGAAAACUUCCAUCCCUCCUUCGUUUUGGCUGAAGCCAUUUGCCCACCGCCACCAUUAAAAGCGAAUGCAAAACCGUUUGAUGAAUCACUGAGGUACCCAAAAGGCUGUGUGAUAGAAUACGGUUGUAGCAAAGGCUAUGUAAGAAAGAGUGGGACUUCCAAAAUUUCUGUGUGUGAAGAAGAGGAUGGAAAGCUGGUGUGGAAAGACAGAACUACACCUUUGGAAUGCAAAGCUAAACUAAAUGCAAAAGGCGAUGAUCCCAAGCUCUGCCCAGAAAUAUUUCUCACCACAACAACUUCCAGCAUUCCCACCAGCAAAGUCCAGUUUGUGGAAGAUCCUGAGCUCUGCCAAGAAAUAUUUCUCACCACAACAACUUCCAGCAUUUCCACCAGCAAAGUCCAGUUUGUGGAAGGAAUCAGAAUUUUGAUUGGUCUGGCUCUUCUUUCCUUGCUCGUGCUCAUAGUUUGCAUUGGAGUCGAACUGAAGAAACAACGCAGGAAUAUACAAACAGCACAAGAGGAAGAGGAGCCAAUGUCCUCUGUGAAAGCAUGCUGACUGCCCUAGCGAGCUUUACCUACAAAAACACAAAUUGCAAAGCUAUUUUGAUUGAACUUUUAUGUACCUCUGAAGCACUCAAUGCCUUCUCUUGGAAAACUUGUAGAAAAGUAUUAUCCAAAGGAAUUAUAAACAAAUCUCUUGCAUCAAUAUUCUUAUUUGUGACAGUAAAGGUAUGCAUUACUAUGUUGCUAUCUGUUAUACUUUAUCGCGUGUGCGCUUUGCAUCUUUAAUCUGAAAAGAUCCUAGCGGACUGCCUAGUGUUUCAUAUGAAAUUGAUGAGAUUUUAUUGCUGCUCUGGGAUGUUCAUAAAAGCAGUAACGGCUAAA